GAAGCGAGCCAUUCGAAGUGCAGUCGACUGGUUACAUUGGAUGACUUAGCUUAGCCCAUUUUCUAUCAAUGAAUGUGUUUUUAUUUCUCUGAGUUUGUGCGCUGUUGUAGCAAAAACUUAACUGUGGGAAAUGGCUCCAAAGAAGGGAAAGGGAGAUGAUGUACCAAAGCCGCCACCGCUGAUUGGAAGGUUUGGCACCUCAUUGAAAAUAGGAGUUGUUGGCCUGCCCAAUGUUGGGAAGUCAACCUUUUUCAACGUGCUGACAAAGAGUCAGGCUGCAGCUGAAAAUUUCCCCUUCUGCACCAUUGACCCAAAUGAAAGCAGAGUGCCCAUUCCAGAUGAACGCUAUGAUUUCCUCUGCCAAUUCCACAAACCUGCCAGCAAAGUCCCAGCGUUCCUUAAUGUUGUUGACAUUGCUGGCCUGGUGAAAGGUGCUCAUGCUGGCCAAGGCCUGGGAAAUGCCUUCCUGUCCCAUAUCAGCGCCUGUGACGGCAUCUUCCACAUGACACGUGUUUUUGAGGAUGAGGAUAUCAUCCAUGUUGAGGGGACGGUGGACCCAGUGAGGGAUAUGGAGAUCAUCCACGAGGAGCUGAGGCUGAAGGAUGAGGAGAUGAUCGGUCCUAUUAUUGACAAGCUAGAGAAGACGGCCAUUAGAGGCGGUGACAAGAAACUCAAACCAGAAUACGACGUUAUGUGCAAAAUCAAGAGCUGGGUACUGGAUGAAAAGAAACACGUCCGCUACUAUCAGGAUUGGAACGACAAGGAGAUCGAAGUGUUGAACAAAUACUUGUUUUUGACAUCCAAACCAAUGAUUUACCUCGUUAACCUCUCUGAGAAAGACUACAUCAGGAAAAAGAACAAAUGGUUGGUGAAAAUCAAGGAGUGGGUGGACAGUCAUGACCCCGGAGCCUUGGUCAUCCCCUUCAGCGGCGGCCUGGAGAGUCAGCUACAGGACAAGAGUGAAGAGGAAAGGCAGAAGUACUGCACAGAGCACAAGACGCAGAGUGCCCUGAGCAGGAUCAUCAAGGCAGGCUACGCAGCCCUGCAGCUGGAGUACUUCUUCACUGCUGGACCAGAUGAGGUCCGUGCAUGGACCAUUCGGAAAGGAACUAAGGCUCCACAGGCUGCGGGGAAGAUCCACACAGACUUUGAGAAGGGCUUCAUUAUGGCGGAAGUAAUGAAAUUCCAGGAUUUUAAAGAGGAAGGCAGCGAGAACGCUGUCAAGGCAGCUGGGAAAUACAGACAACAGGGAAGAAACUACAUUGUUGAAGAUGGAGACAUCAUCUUUUUCAAAUUUAACGCACCAAAUGCACCAAAGAAAAAGUGACACAAGAAACAAGAUUUGUUUGUUUACAUAACUGACUGUACUUGUUAUCUCACCCCCACCCCCGCCACCCCUCUUUUUUUUCUGUCUUUGGCCUGACACCCACUGCCACACUCUCACUUUCUGUUUCCCGUCCUGUAGAAUCAAAUCUCCCCCCUCUGUGCCAAAGCACAGGUUCAGUAAACUCUGACAGCUUUGCUAUUUAAGAUCAGGAUCGGCCCCCACUCCAAAUUGUAGCAGCAUUUGAAGGAGCAUAUUACUCUCCAGAUACUUCAUUAAUCUCCAUCACGGGUGCCAGCACUGACACAGCUGACAGCGGGGACAAUGCCACCUGCUCCUCUCCCCCUUCAGCAGAUAAUGCAUGUUUUACAGUAGCCCAGAUGUCUACACUCAAUAAAACAUUUGACAAAACCA